CCAGUCUAUUGUAUUCAUUUUUCUAUAAUUAUUACUGAGUAAACCAAAAUUUAUCAUUCUGCAUUUCCCAAAUAUUCUCUGAAUCUAUGGCCACAGCUGAUGCCACUACACUUGCAAUAGAAGCAGAACCACAACAAAACCGAGUUAAAUCACCUGAUAAUACCAAGAAACUAAAACUUAUUCCCCUUGUUUUCCUCGUUUAUUUUGACGUAGCAGGGGGCCCAUAUGGCGAAGAACCUGCAGUCCAAGGCGCAGGACCGUUACUAGCAAUCCUAGGUUUCCUCAUUUUCCCAUUCAUUUGGUCCAUCCCUGAAGCUCUCAUCACUGCUGAACUCUCCACAGCAUUUCCUGGUAAUGGUGGUUUCGUUAUCUGGGCUCAUCAUGCUUUUGGACCUUUCUUUGGAUCCAUGAUGGGUUCACUGAAGUUCCUUAGCACAGUUAUUAACAUAGCUUCAUUUCCAGUUCAGUGCAUUGAUUAUUUAAAAAGACUCUUUCCCAUUUUCUCUGAUGGUCAGCCAAGAACCAUCGCGAUUUCGGUCUCUACUUUAAUGUUUUGUUUCUUGAAUUUAAGUGGCCUUACUAUUGUGGGAUAUGUAGCUGUUGCACUAGGUGUGAUCUCCUUGCUACCUUUUUUUAUCAUGUCUGCUAUAGCGAUCCCGAGUAUUCAUCCCAAGAAAUGGCUCAGCACGGGACAAAAUGGAGUGAAAAAAAAUUGGAAUUUAUUUUUCAAUACUCUAUUUUGGAAUUUGAAUUACUGGGAUAAUGUCAGUACUAUGGCUGGUGAAGUUGAUAAUCCUCAAAAACAAUUUCCAGUUGCUUUACUUUCCGCGGUGACAGUGACAUGUUUGGGUUACAUAAUUCCGUUGAUGGCUGUAACCGGAGCUGUAAAUGCUGAUCAAACAGAAUGGGAAGUUGGCUACAUGGCCAAUGCAGCUAGAACAAUUUCCGGGCAAUGGUUAAAAUACUGGAUUGAAGUCGGAGCUAUUUUGGCCGGUAUUGGAGCAUUCGAAGCACAGUUAAGUAGUUGUAGUUAUCAGCUUCUAGGCAUGGCAGAGUUGGGAAUUUUGCCUAAGUUUUUUGGUUUAAGAUUGAAGUAUGUUGGUACUCCAUGGGUGGGAAUACUUUUAUCUACUGUCAUAUCAUUUGGUGUUUCUCAUUUGGAUUUUACUGUCAUAAUUGGUGCAGCUAACUUUUUGUAUAGUUUGGGAAUGCUGUUAGAAUUUUCGGCUUUUAUUUGGCUAAGGUGGAAGUUUCCUGCACUGGCGAGACCAUAUCGGGUUCCAAUGAGGCUACCGGCUCUGGUGAUCAUGUGUUUGGUGUCCUCUGGAUUCUUGGUGGUGAUAAUGGUGAUUGCUACCAAUAUUGUUCAUUUAAUCAGCGGGUUGAUGAUUGCAGGGGCAAUUGGUUGGUAUUUUCUAAUGAAAUAUUGCAAGUCGAAGAAGUGGCUUGAAUUCAAUAAUGGCAACCAAGACAAGGUUGAUGUACUGUGAUUUGUGACUCGCAACUAGACCUUGCAAUCGUGAGCUCAAAUUUAUGAUUCGUGUACUUAAUCUCAAAUCUGUAUAAACGUGUAUUUUCGUAUUUCAUGUAUUUGAAGGUCAAAUUGAUGAUGCGUGCACUUAUCUCAAAUUUGUAUAAAUUUCAAAACGUGUUUUGUACUUCUUGUGUCACUUUCGCGUAUAGUUAAUUUUCUUAAGGAUUUG